ACAUGGUGAGUUAAAGAUCUAUUCUAGAUUCAUCAUCUUCACUUUUUCCCGUCCACCUGCACUCGUUCCCUCGCCACCCAAAUCUCCAACCUCCACAUAUGUUAUCCGUAACACAGGACCAUGUCAAGUCUCGGUGUUGAAAGACACAUCGCCACCAUCGACCCUGCCAACACUGAACAUAUUCUCAAGGACAACUUGCAAAAUUAUGGCAAAGGUCCCAAGUUUCAAGAAGCAUUCAACGAUCUAUUCGGUCAUAAUAUCUUUGAUGCCUACGGCGAUCAAUGGCUUCACCAAAAAAAGGCUGCUCGUCUCAUUUUCAACGCAAUGUACAUUCGCGACCAUUUCACCACUGUCUUCGUGAAAGAGCUGCGCUACAUGAUCAAGGGGAUUUUUGAUGUUGCAGCUGUCAACCGAGAACCAGUCAAUUUCCAUGACCUUAUGUUCAAGUUUACGCUGGAUUCGUUUGUAUUGUUGGGAUUUGGUGUCAAAAUUAAUGGAUUGCAGCAGGAGGACAAGGUUCCUUUUGCUGAAUCUUUUGAUGCGAUACUAUCGAAUUCAUUAUGGCGGAUGGUGUCCCCUGUCUGGAAACUGUCCGAGGCAAUUAAACCGAUCUUGUUCCCAUGGCAAACUAGCAUCAAGGAUCAUGUCAAGGUUGUCGACAACUUUGCUUACGAGGUCAUUGCCAAACGUAAAAAGGAAAUGGCUGAGGGCCAGGAGUUCACGGAUUUGCUAUCACGUUUUAUGAACAUUCGAGACGAGACUGGUGAACCUUUAGAUGAGAAGAUCUUGCGGGAUGCUAUUCUCACAUUUGUUGUUGCAGGCAGAGACUCUACUUCUGUAGCCCUCUCUUGGACAUUUUACAAUCUGAUGUUGCAUCCUCGAAUCGAAAACAAGUUGUUUGAGGAAAUCAAGUCACAUAUCACCGACGAGAUUGAGAGCGAUCCUGCUGCUCUGUAUGAAGCUAUUAAAAAAAUGAAUUAUGCGCAUGCUGUGUUUUACGAAGUUUUGCGUUUGUAUCCAUCGCUUCCAGCCAAUACCAGAUACGCCUUGAAGGAUGAUAUUCUUCCGGAUGGUACACAUGUUCGUUCUGGCGAUUCCAUAGUCUGGGGCUUUUAUGGUCAAGGAAGAUCCACAAAAGUCUGGGGUACCGAUGCUAAAGAGUUCAGACCGGAACGCUGGCUUACUCCCGAAGGCGAAGUGCGUCGUGAAACUCAAGCGAAAUGGCCUGCUUUUCACGCUGGACCAAGAUCAUGCCCCGGACAAAAGCUUGCUACUCUCGAGAGUUUGGUGGUUAUCGCCAUGCUGCUCAGACGCUACAAGUUCAACCUUGUUCCUGAUCAGGAAGUCACGUAUACUCCCACUGUCACGCUAGUCAUGCACAAUGGCAUGAAAGUUUUCGUGGAGCAGCGCUAAUAAUCGUUUAUUUUUAAUCCUUAACCACUUAUCUGUCAUCACCCCAUUUUUCCUAGUCAACCUUUAUACAAACAUUGGAUGCUAAUAAAACUUUAUAUACCCAUUAGAUUUUUUUCAAGCUCAUUAGCG